AUGGCAACUACUUCAAUGGAUUAUGAGGCAGCAGGCGGUGAUCGCUACGAUGACGACGCGCCUCGCUACGACCGUGACAACAGGAGUGCCUCACCCCGGCCAACCCGUGAUGAGAAUGAUGGCGGGCGUCGUCGUUCUGCCUCACCCAAUGGAACCGCUGAAGGCGCCCCAAAGGAGUCUUCUGGUUCCAAGGAUGAUGACGACGGCGCAGUUAACCCCGGCUCAAACCUUUUUGUGACUGGCAUUCACCCUCGUCUAACCGAAUCCGAAGUCUCGAAGAUGUUUGAGAAGUAUGGAGACGUCGAAAAAUGCCAGAUUAUGCGGGAUCCUCAUUCUAAAGAAUCUCGUGGGUUUGGAUUUGUCAAAAUGGUCACUUCAGAACAGGCAGAGGCGGCGAAGGAGGGCCUGCAGGGUGAACAAAUUGAAGGUCGUACUCUAAGUAUUGAGAAAGCUCGGCGAGCCCGCCCUCGCACGCCCACUCCUGGCAAAUAUUUUGGUCCACCAAAGCGAGACCCCCGCCCACGUUUUGAUGACAGACGUCGCGGUGGCUAUGGUAGUGGCGGCGCUGGCUAUAGCCGCGAUGAUUCGUAUAGAUACCGUGGAUACGAGCGAAAUUACGACCGCCGAUAUGACGACCGUAGCGGCCACGACCGCACCGGCUACGAUCGUGGGUAUGACCGUGGGUAUAGAGAAGAUCGCCGAUAUGAAGACCGUAACUUCACUCGAGAUACCGAACGUGGAGGAUAUGAACGUCGUGAACGUGAUGAUUACUACGGUCGAGAGCGAUAUGGAGGUCGUGAAGAUCGUGACAGAUAUGGACAGCGUGCCCCAGGCAGCUAUGAUCGAGAUCGAUACGACCGUCAAGCUGACCGUGGUGCACCAAGAGAGCGGGAGGCAGCUGUUGGGGCGCCCGGCUACGGGGACUCGGCACCUCGUUCCGAAGCCCGCGAUGCCUACGGAGCUGAUCCAUCCGCUCGAUGA